AUGACCUCCAUCUCCAACUUCAGUGAUUCCAAUUUUGUUCUUACUGGUUUUCCUGGCCUAGAAGUUAACUACAUCUGGAUCACCAUCCCUUUUUUCUCCAUUUAUGUCAUGGUGUUUCUGGGAAAUUGCAUGGUGCUUCAUGUGAUAAGGACUGAGCCAAGCUUGCAUGAGCCCAUGUUCUACUUCUUGGCCAUGCUGGCCCUUACUGACCUGUGCAUGGGGUUGUCCACAGUGAACACAGUGCUGGGGAUACUGUUAGGUCUCAUUCAAGAGAUCAGCUUGGAUUUCUGCAUUGCACAGUCCUAUUUCAUCCAUGGUCUAUCCUUCAUGGAAUCCUCUGUCCUUCUUGCUAUGUCUGUUGACCGCUACAUUGCCAUUUGCAACCCAUUGCGCUACUCUUCUAUCCUAACUAAUGACAAAAUCAUGAAAAUUGGGAUUGCCAUUUUAGGUAGGAGUUCUUUACUUAUACCUCCAGCCAUCAUCCGCCUGAAGUUCUUAAAUUACUGCCGUCCACACAUUCUUUCUCACUCUUUCUGCCUACACCAAGACUUACUUAGAGUUACCUGUUCAGAUAUCCGUUUCAAUAGUAUCUAUGCUCUGUUUCUGGUCAUCAGCAACCUGUUGUUGGAUGCAAUUCUUAUACUUAUCUCCUACAUCAUGAUCUUGCAUACAGUCUUAGCUAUUGCAUCCAGAAGGGAGAGGAUCAAGUCCUUGCAGACUUGUGUAUCUCAUAUCUGUGCUGUUUUGGUUUUCUAUAUCCCAAUUAUUGGCCUGACCAUGGUGCACCGCUUUGGGAAACACCUUUCUCCUUUGGUUCAUGUUCUUAUGGGAAACAUCUACAUCCUUUUACCACCCUUGAUGAAUCCUGUUAUUUAUAGUAUCAAGACUCAAAAAAUACGAAGAAGAAUCCAGAGACUGUUUUAUUUAAAAAGUACUCAUCUUCCCAGAGAUCAGAUGUGA